CAAAUCACACUGCACCUUACCAGCCCCUAACCAGGAUUCGAUCUUUCCCAGGAGGUGAACCCUGGGGUUCCACACCAAUGACGGAGACAUUACCUCUGGGCAAAAGCACCACUGCAGGAGAGUAAAGAGAUGCAAAAAAACCCUAAAAAUAAUUACUAAGAUCUAAUUUGUGUUUAUUGUAGUUAACUUGAUCUGCUUCCUCUGAAUUUAAAGUAAAGUAAACACAAACAAACUCUUUCUCACAGUAGUAGAUGGUCUUUGAACUAAACCAGGUUAUUUAUUUCCUGUUUUUAUGAUACCCUGCUUUUAUUCGCUAAAAUUAACACAAUUACCAGGUUCAACAAACCAACCAACCAAACAACCAACCAACCAACCAAUAGAUAACAAAUUAAAAGCAAAACUGCAAAUAAAAGAAGACCAAACCAAUAUUAAAAUAUAUGGAUUUCUUAAGUAAUUGGACAAAUAAGACAGGAAAACAGUGGCUAAUGAAAAAUAAGGGCCAUUAUUUUCAAAUGCUAGGAAUUCUGGAUGAAAAUAGGUUAUUUUUGUGUGUUUUUACUCAUUUAGCAGGCUGGUGGGGUUUAAAACUGCAUCCUCUUCACUUUGUCUGGGGAUUCUGGAUCUGGAGAUUUGCAAUUAUUUCUUUAAAUUGCUAAAUGUAUUUAUUUAUUUAAAUUGCUUUUUUUUAAAGCUCAGAAUAUCAAUUCACAUUGUGAUUUUUUCUACUCGUCUUAUGGAAAAUAUUUGCAAUCUUAAAAUUACAAAUCUUGCAAUUAAAUCCAUAACACGUGUCUGUUGUGUUCACAACACUCAGGUGUAAAGAUCUCACUUGGUUUUCCACGUCACUUAUGUGACGCUGCUGUCUCUGUGCAUCACUCUCUGUCGCGCCGCUCCGAUGUUCUACAACACAUCUCAGGACAGCAGUGGUGAUGAAGAACUUGAGCUACUUUUCCCAGUCUCCUUCUCUACACGGGAACCGGUCCACAUCAACACAUCUACUGUAACCCCCACCCUGAAGGACACCAUCACCACCACCAUGAUCCGCCUGAAGGACUUUGUCCUGACCAGAGUGGUGGACUUCCUGCAGGAGAACAUGUUGAUCAUCAUUGUAGUCACCUCUCUUCUCAUCGUCAUGGUCUUCAUCAUCUGCUGUGCUUCUGCUAUGAGUCAGAAACGGAAGCUGGAGGCCUACAAGCCCACUGCUAAUCCACCCAGGAAGUACAUGGCAGAUAAGAAUGCCAGUGAUCUCCAUGAGAGGACCUAUGCCGUGGACCAUGUUAAGAGAGUCCAGAUCCAGAGCAUGCCCUCACCCAAGCACCUGAGCUCCCCAUCCAAAGCCCUGGUAGGAGAGAAAGGAAGGGACGUCAGGUCGUCCCCUCGGCAGGAGGUAAGGAAGGUGAGGGGGGAAGAGGAGGUGGAAAAGCGGAGAGAGGAGCCCAGACACAAGGAGCAGUCCAAGCAGAGAGGGGAGGUACAGCAGUGGAGCUCCAGCGCCAGUCAACCUGUCUGCACAUGUCAUCUGAAAAAGGCUCAUCACUAAUCCAAGGUUCAGGAUCAGAGAGAUUCAAAAUAGUUGAACCAUGGCAUUAAACCUAAAACAAAAUGGAGAAAGGAUAAACCACAAAUGUAGGCUCAUCUCAAAGGAUGUCGAGCUGCAGCAGGCAA